UGGAAACUAAGGUGGAGACUCAAGCAACAACAGUAUCUGCCAUUGACAAAGGCUAAAUUGUACAGUACAACAUAUCACAACGACCUAUCAACAGUAGUACAUUUCAGAAAGGCUACUGUUCUCAGCAAGGGUCCAAAUAAAAGGCCUGGAAGACUUGAAUGAAGCCACUUGAAAACGACAAGGCUAGUCUCUGACCACAACUCUGGCCAACAUGACAGGCUUCCACAUGAGAUCGUAGCUUUGGCAGAGGAGGAAGAACGGGAAACAGAGGAGUGAAGGAGCGAUAGACAAGGGGAAAAGGAGGUAGUGCCGAAGGAGGUGAGGAAUUAAGACCUCCAGCUCUAGGUCAGGAAAAUAUUGGAGGAAGGUUGCAAAGACCAGUGUUGGAAAGGGGGGAGGCAGAGUAGGAGCAGCAUGGAGUAAAUACAGAGGAAGGGGGGGGUUGCAGGCGGAAGUACAGAGCUAGUAAUCAAAUCAGUUGUAAGUGUCACAAAUGUCAAAGGAACAAAUGGAAAGGGGAAUAUUAGAGAGAAUGGAAAGUUCGAAGGGAUAGAAAAUGGCGAAGAACUCAAAGUAAGGGACGGAGGUCCAGGGAGAGGAAGGGGCUGCAAAUAGAGACGGUCUAGGCCAGGUAGAUGUAGAACCAGUAGAACUGAAGAUAGAGAAAAGAGGAAGAGUGAACAGAGGGGUGGGUGGGAGAGGUAAUGGAAGUUUGGGUGUAAGAGGUGAAGGGGGAGCUGGAUUGGGAGGAGGGGUGAGGUUGAGGUAGGACAGAGAGGAGAUGUUGAAGCAGGAGAUAGCGCUGUGGUUGGUGGAAGACCAGGAGAAGACUCACAUCUAACCCAGCAGGACUACCUCCAGCUGAUGAAAUCACUGAGCAUCAGGCUCCCCGAAGGUGUCCUAACCCCACAGAUGAUUGAGCUGGCUAACAUGGAGAGCAGAAUCCAGGAUGUCCAGGCCAUCAUCCCAAACCUGGAACACUUUAACAUCCGGUUCAAAGCCGUUCCUCGACUGGGCUGCCGGGAGGUUAAAAACUUUCUGGUCAUAAAACUCCUCUUCUUUGACCAAGAGGAUGAUAAAGAGCAGAGUAGGAAACACUGGAGGGAGAACAAGACCAACACAGGCCGAGGGUUCAGGCUGAGGAAUAGUGAUACGGCUGUCUCAACACCGGCUAUGUACACCAGUGCCACCAGGAGUUGGGCUAGGUUGGAGGUGGGGGAGGUGUCUUCGAUAGUGACUAAAGGAACCAGAGUGAAUGUGAAAGACAUUGUGAGCAAAGAGUAUUGUGACAAGUCAGUGUUUUGGAGGAACGGAGUGUCACCCGGGCCUCGGAGGUUCGGUAUGUUCUUCCAGAAUGAAGCAGAUGAGUUGGAAAAUGCUCAAGUUCUUUCAUGAGCUGGGAGAGGGCGGGUCAGGUGGAACCAGGACAGCAUCAUACACCAAAGGCAACAAGGUGGAGUAUGGAUUCCUCAGCGGGAGGUUGGACUUCCCGCCCCAAAUCCAGGCGGGCAAUUCUGGAAAAAACAGAAAGGCGACUGAAAAGAAGAAACAUGAGCGGCUCGUGAUCGAAUGCAAAUGUACUGCCGGCAACAUGGUUGGGAAACUGGUCACUAAAAUCCCCAACAGUAACCAGUACAGCUACCAGGUCCAGACCUACAUGUACAUUCUGAAUAGGGAGGGGGAGGUAGAAAAGUGUUCUCAGAUGAAGAGAGCAGUGAUGAUUGUGAGACACUACCACCAGGGAGGGGACCCUCCCAGGGACUUCCGCUGGAGUUACCUGCAGAUAGAGCCCUCUGUCCCGGCUGAGAUAGACAAGCUGAGGGCCCUACUCCAGGUGGAGGUGUUGGCUUGCUACUUAGCCCACCACAACCUCAUAUUCCAGAGGGAAACUCAACCUCAAUAACUGUGGUAGUAUGAUAGUCUAGUCUAUGACUUAUUAAACUGGAAAGAAAAUCAGAAUUGAUUUUUAUCUAAACUCAGCAAAAAAACUAAUGUCCUCUCACUGUGAACUGCAUUUAUUUUCAGCAAACUUAACAUGUGUAAAUAUUUGUAUGAACA